AGUGUGAAGCUUUUUUGGAUUUCUAUGAACAAUGAAUAAUGAACCAUGAAGAUCGUCUGUAAGGCUGCCGUCUGGAGCAUGAGCAAGUUAUUGCAGGGGGACAGUUGAGGCAGCUGCUAAUUAAGUAUUUACUCACCAUCUUUUUCAGUUAGGAAACAGAGUGAGGGCGACCUCGAUCGCAUCCUUUCGAUCGGGCUAGCUGCCCGAUCAACUCUCUAUAAACUCGUCGUCGAGUGCCGGAAAUCUGUGCAUUCCGAUGUCUUCUCCUCCAAUGGAUCGCCUGUUCGUGUUCCUCCCUCUGCUUUCGUUCUUCUUGCUUCUUCGCGCUUCGAGUGAUGCGGCCAUGUCUCCCCAGGAAGCCUACUGGCGUACUGUCCUCCCUACCACUCCCAUGCCGAGUGCCAUCGCUGAUCGUCUCUCUCUUGGUGUGACGGUGGGGAGUGAGAAGACGACUGUAAGUGUUGGUAAAGGCGGCGUGCAUGUUAACACUGGGAAGCCCGGCCGCGGCACCACCGUCAACGUCGGCGGCGGCGGCGUACAUGUGACUACCAAGAAGCCCGGCGGCGGUACCAGCGUGAACGUUGGUCAUGGCGGUGGGGGAACUGGUAAGCCCGGUGGCGGAGGCACCACGGUGAACGUCGGGCAUGGCGGGGUGCAUGUGGGAACAGGAAAGCCCGGUGGCGGAGGCACCACGGUGAACGUCGGGCAUGGCGGGGUGCAUGUGGGAACAGGAAAGCCUGGUGGGGGAGGCACCACGGUGAACGUCGGCCACGGCGGCGUAGGCGUGCACGUCGGCCCCUAUACGGGAAAACCGCCGGUAAGGGAACACUCACCUUUCCUUUACGAGUACGCGGCGAGCGAGACCCAAAUCCAUGACGACUCCAACGUCGCCCUGUUCUUCCUCGAGAGCAACCUCCACCCCGGCACGGCCAUGACCGUCCACUUCACUCGACCCAGCGACUUCCGUGCAGCCUUCCUCCCGCGGAGGGAGGCCGACGCCAUCCCUUUCUCGUCGGCUCGGCUCCCGGAGAUCCUCGACCGGCUCUCCAUCAAGCCCGGUUCGCCGGAAGCAGAGAUGACGCUGAACACGCUGCAGGAGUGCGAGCGCCCUGCGGCGCCCGGCGAGAGGAAGGUCUGCGCGACUUCGCUGGAGUCGAUGGUGGACUUCAGCGUCGCCAACCUUGGUACGCGGCGCGUGGUAGCGGCGUCGACGUCGGUCAGUAAGGCAGGGACGCCGCGGCAGAUGUACACGAUCGAGGGGGUGAGGAAGGCAGUGGCGGCCGAGGGGAAGGUGGUGGCGUGCCAUGCGGAGAAGUACGCGUACGCGGUGUUCUACUGCCACACGUCGGCGACGGCGAGGGCAUACACGGUGUUGCUGGUGGGAGCAGACGGGACGAAGGUGGAGGCGGUGGCGGUGUGUCACACCGACACGGCCGGCUGGAACCCCAACCACGUGGCCUUCAAGACGCUGAAGGUGAGUCCGGGGACGGUGCCAGUGUGCCACUACCUGCCGGAGGACCACGUGGUGUGGAGCCGCAGCAAUUAAUGGCAGUCCAUUGCAGCUACGGUAGCCAGAAUAUUGUCGCAAAUAUAUCAGUAUGGUUGUGAGAGUAAUGAUAGUAGAUUUAUGAUAUCUAUCGGUGCCACGUAGGGCCGUACGUUGUACACAUUCUAAUACUAUUUGGACCUACAAUAACUUAAUAAAGAUAUAUAUGUGCCAAAUAUAUUUCAA